UCCGGUACUUUUUGUCCAGGGACCAACGGGUUCAAGAUAACUGGGCCCUGUUGUAUGCCCAGAAGCUGGCACUGAAGAUGGACGCCCCUCUCCAUGUCUGCUUCUGUCUCGUCCCCAAGUUCCUAGAUGCCACAAUCUGAUUACAGGUUUAUACUUAAAGGGUUGGAGGAAGUGGAGAAGGAAUGUAAAGACCUAGAUAUAUCAUUCCACCUGCUUCUUGGUCACGCUAAGGAUGUUUUACCUCCAUUUGUGAAAGAGAAUAAGAUAGGAGGAGUGGUGACAGAUUUCUCUCCCCUGAGAGUUCCAGCAGAGUGGGUGUCUGAUGUUACAAAAGCUCUCCCUAAAGAUGUCCCUUUUUGUCAAGUUGAUGCUCAUAACUUGGGAAUAUGGCACCAAAAGGGAGAUGCCCGGAAGCGUACAGGGACUGAACAUCGCUAA